AUGAUUUGUCAGUUAUUGAAGAAAGUCGACGCUGUACUGAAGCAACAGCUGAGCAUGCAGCCCUGUUUCCUGCAGCUGAUCCUCCUGGUGGGCGCCCUUGCGGCCAUGGCCUCCGCCAUCCCCCGUCCCGACACUCCUCCCGUCUACCGUGCUCCUCCACCGACCUACAAGCAGCCAGGAAUGCCCUUCGACUUCAGCUACGCCGUCAGGGACCCCUACUCGGGCAACGACUACGCCCAUCAGGAGAUCAGCGACGGCCAAGUCACCUCCGGAUCGUACAGAGUGGCUCUUCCCGACGGCCGAACCGAGAUCGUGGAAUUCACCGCCGAUCACGCCCCCGCUCCCUCCUACCACCCCGCUCCCUCCUACCACUCACCUUCCUACCCACUUCCCCCACCCCACCCACAUCAAUAA